AUGGAUAGCGAAACAAUAGCCUUCGACCCAGAUGGAGAUCUCAUGCUCAUCCUGACACACGUGGAGGAAGAACCUGGGAAAUUCGAACUGGUACAUACUGCAGAGGAUGGAAACUUAAGCGACGACGAUGCAUCGAUGGAAUCCCCCGCACCAGUUUUACGCAGUAAAGAAACACGAAUGAUAGUGAGCAGCAAGCACUUGAUACACGUUUCUUCCGUCUUCAAAGCAAUGUUUCGAAAUGAAACUUUUGUCGAGGGACGAGAACUGGCGAAAGGGAAGGCGGUCGUGCCGCUUCCAGAUGAUGACCCCUUCGCCAUGACGAUUUUGAUAAAUCUUAUCCACCACAAUCAUCGCAAGGUUCCAAGGACGGUUGAUCUAGAUACGAUGACCAAUAUCGCUAUCCUGGCUGAUAAAUACGAAUUGACUGAGGUCUUAUACACGAAUUCAGAGUUGUGGUUGAAGGAUCUGAAAAAGACGGUUCCGGUUUCAUUGACACAGGAUUUGCUUCCGUGGCUCAGCAUUGCUUGUGUCUUCAACAUGGCACCUGAGUUCAAACAUUUGACGCGGAUUGCAACGUUGGAAAGUAGUGGUGAUCUCGGUCUGGGAGAAUCAGAUGAAGAUCUCCCAAUCCCCGCACAAGUUUUUGGUAAGUACCCCACCAACACAUAUUUUAUUGAAGGGGCUGAUGUUUCCAGCUGCAAUCGAAUCCGAACGCCAACGUGGAAUCUCGGAAAUGUACGCCAUCAUCCACCACGAAAUCCAAAAAUACCAAACUGGUCCGGUAAACUGUCGAACGCUCACCUUCCUGUGCCCCUCAGACACUAAGCGACUGAAUUACGCCUGUGACGGCGCCGUGCUCGGAACCCUCCUCAAAAGCGCAGACGAGAAUAAACUUUGGCCGCCGGUACCUCCGCCGUUUGUGGGGUUUACUCUGAGGAUGGUUAUGAGGAAGGCGCAGGCGCUUACUAUUACUGCGCUGUGCGAUCAUCUCGAACUCGAGAAUGAGAGCGAGUAUAAAGGUCCCAGUCAUGGGGUUAAGGCGGCUAUUGUGGGUACUAUUAAGAAGAUCAAAGGGGGGCUGGGACUUAAUAUCAAAAAUUAUAAGAUGGGGUGA